UGAAAGUCCCAGAAAAUUUGGGGUGGUCUCUUUGCAUAUGUCCUCAGCACACUUCUCCAUCAUCCUUGACGUGGGAAGUGGGAAGUCAUAUAAAAAUAAACAGCUGCUUCCCAUGAGACUGCAAAAGAGAGGAGCGUCAGAGAGAGGCAGUGAGAGGGUGUGAUGGACCGCUGGAGUCUGAGGGCCCGUCUGGCUCAGUGUCUGUCCACACUGAAGCACCUGUCACAGGCCAGGACGACCCACACAGGACGAGUACCUGCAGUCCGAAAGGACAACUCUACCGUACUGCCCUUCAGUGAGAUUCCUGGAGUAUGGAAGAACAGUGUGGCAAAUCUCUACACAUUCUUGAAAAUGGAUGGCCUCAGGAAUAUCCACCGGAUUAUGGUGCACAAUUUCAAUAUGUUUGGUCCCAUUUACAGGGAAAAAGUUGGAUACUACGAGAGUGUGAACAUCAUCAAACCUGAAGACGCUGCUAUCCUGUUCAAAGCUGAGGGUCAUUAUCCCAAGAGACUCCGGGUGGAAGCGUGGACCUCCUACAGGGACUACAGGAACCGCAAAUAUGGCGUCCUGCUAAAAGAUGGAGAGGACUGGAAAUACAAUAGGAUCAUUCUAAACAAGGAGGUGAUUUCUCCAAAGGUGCAGGGGAACUUCGUGCCGCUCCUGGAUGAGGUCGGUCAGGACUUUGUGGCUCGUGUCAAUAAAAAGAUUGAAAGGAGUGGAAAAAAUGAAUGGACCACAGAUCUGUCCCAUGAACUCUUCAAGUAUGCACUGGAAUCUGUGAGUGCGGUGUUGUACGGCGAGCGCUUGGGUCUGCUGUUGGACUACAUUGAUCCAGACGUCCAGCACUUCAUUGACUGCAUCACCCUCAUGUUUAAGACCACCUCGCCCAUGCUGUACCUCCCCCCGGCCCUGCUCCGCCACAUGGGGGCCAAAAUCUGGAAGGACCAUGUGGAGGCCUGGGACGGCAUCUUUAACCAGGCCGACCGAUGUAUCCAGAAUAUCUACAGACAGUUGAGGAAAGAUCCAGGAGCCAGCGGGAAGUACCCUGGUGUGUUGGCUAGCCUUCUAAUGCUGGACAAACUGUCCAUCGAGGACAUAAAGGCCAGUGUCACAGAGCUGAUGGCUGGAGGGGUUGACACGACGUCUAUCACACUGAUGUGGACGCUCUAUGAGUUGGCCCGACAUCCGGACCUGCAAGAGGAGCUCCGGGCGGAAAUCUCGGCUGCUCGUAUCGCCUCUAAAGGAGACAUGGUGCAGAUGCUCAAGAUGGUUCCUCUGCUUAAAGGAGCCCUGAAGGAAACUUUGAGGUUACAUCCUGUAGCAGUGAGUCUACAAAGAUACAUCACUGAAGACAUCGUCCUUCAAAAUUACCACAUUCCAGCUGGGACUUUAGUUCAGCUGGGUCUGUACGCUAUGGGUCGUGAUCACCGGGUCUUCCCGCACCCAGAGCAGUACCGUCCCUCUCGCUGGGUAGAUCCCAGAGCCACUACUUUCAGGAGCCUGAGCUUCGGGUUUGGCCCACGCCAGUGUUUGGGCCGCAGGAUCGCCGAGACAGAGAUGCAGCUCUUCCUGAUUCACAUGCUGGAGAACUUCAGGUUUGAGAAGCAGAGGCAGGUGGAGAUCAGGAGCACGUUUGAGCUCAUCUUACUGCCUGAGAAGCCCAUCAUGCUAACCAUCAAACCACUGAACGCCGGCAGAUAG